AUGUCUACUGCCAAUACCUCAACCCCAACAGUCAAAUACGACUAUUUUAAAUGCACUGGACGAGAUAUUCACGAAGCCACCCUUGCUAUUACCUUCGACUUCAGCCCAGAUGUACCCGUUGAAGUUCAACGUUGCCUUCGAGAAAUCGCCGAAAAUCUUACCCAUAUAAAUGGCACACCACCAAUCGAUAUUGAGAAAUCCACACAUUGGUAUACUUGCCAGGCCAGACACUAUACCAGCAACUUUACCCGCGCAAUUAAUAGCUACACCGAAUACCUCCAGACUAUCGACCCCCAUAUUGCAACUCUUACCCUCACUCCAAUUAUCGAAGAUGAAGAAUUCAACGUCGACCAGUAUCUCAUGAAUUCCCAGUUUGAAUUGGUCUUCUCAGUCACCAUUACCUUCAAGCCCACAGAAGAAUCCGCCUAG